AGGCGGGAAGCGCGGCGAUGGCGGGCAGGCGCGGUGCUCUCAUCGUGCUGGAGGGUGUGGACCGCGCGGGGAAGAGCACGCAGAGCCGCAAGCUGGUGGACGCGCUGUGCGCCGCGGGCCACUGCGCCGAGCUGCUGCGCUUCCCGGAAAGAUCAACUGAAAUUGGCAAGCUUCUGAGUUCCUACUUGGAAAAGAGAAGCGAGGUGGAGGAUCACUCGGUGCACCUGCUUUUCUCUGCGAACCGCUGGGAACACGUGCCGCUAAUUAAGGAGAAGCUGAGCCAGGGCGUCACCCUGGUCGUGGACAGGUAUGCCUUUUCUGGGGUCGCCUUCACCAGCGCCAAGGAGAAUUUCUCCCUGGACUGGUGCAAGCAGCCGGACGUGGGCCUCCCCAAACCGGACCUGGUCGUGUUCCUGCAGCUAGAGCUGGCAGAGGCCGCCGCGAGGGGCGAGUUCGGCCGUGAACGCUACGAGAGCAGCCCUUUCCAGCAGCGGGCCCUGCAGCGCUUCCAGCAGCUCCUGGGAGACUCGAGUCUGCCCUGGAAGACAGUCGACGCCUCCAGGAGCAUUGAGGACGUCCACCAGGAAAUCUGCAUGCUGUCUGAGGGUGCCAUCCAGGCCGCUGCACACAGGCCGCUGGGGCAGCUGUGGACAUAGAGGGACAGGACCCCCGUCUGCCAUCCGCAAGGCAGGAGCCGCAUGUGCACAGCGUCCGGGGGGCGAAGCGGGACUCCCCGGGGAGCAGCCUGCAGGGCAGCCUUCUCCUGCCCUCACCUGUGCCCCGAAGAUACUAAUAAAUUAGUUAUUGUGUUUUGCUUA